UUGCGCCAUAAACGUUUCGCUGCUCGUAACGCCACAACGGCCGACGCGGACACAACGCCAGCCAUCACGCCAGCAGCAGCAACAUACACAGACCCGCACCCACUCGCAGCCCGGCAUCGAGACGGCGGCAUCGAAAAACAUUGGAGACACAACGAUCCCAGCCCCAGCUCGCUAGUCAGCUAGUCAGCUAGUGAAAACCAUCCAGCAGACAGACGAACAGAAAUUGAGACCCAAACUCUCCACAAAAAAAACAAAAAAAAAACCUCGCAGUCGCCAACAAACGCUGCGCUGCGCUUUGCUACGUCGCGCUGCUGCUCGCGCCGCUGCCAACGUCGGCAGCAAAAAUUACCAAUUACACGAAAUUUUUAUACUCUUUUAAAAAUUUCGUUUUAUUAUAAUAUUUAUUAUCGUGGCGCGCAGUAGUGUCUGCGGAACAGCGCUCGCUCAGUUUAGCUCAGUUCAGCUUCACUUGACUUGUCUCUGCCGAUCUCCGAUUCGAUUCGAUACGAUACGAUACGUUACGUUGCGUUGCGUUACGAUUACGUUACUCGCCUCGCAUUCACACUCGCAGUCGCGUUGAGAAAUUCGCGUUCGCAUUCGCUCUGUUUAUUAUUUUGUUGCAUUCUUAUUGUCGUUUAACUGUUGCCGCUUAUUACGGGCUUUAUAGUGCGGUUUAUAGUGGCACGAAGCGCUCAUAAAAAUCGCCGUCAGCAGCCACCAAAAAAAUCAUCAUAAGUAUAUUUACCACACACAAAACUCACACACACUCGACAAACAAUCAAAAUAGCAAUCAAUCAAGCAAAACUUCACACUAAAACUCCAGUAAAAAACAGUAAAAACACUAAAAACAGUUAUCGCAGAUCGUUAAAAAAGUGUGUGCGUGAACCGAGAAACCGAGAAACCGACGACAAAACUAAGAUAAACAAUUACAAAACUGUCACAACAAAUGAGUGCAUAUAAAAACACAAAAAUUAGACAAGAGAAAUUACAAAUUAAAAAGCCAUUAAAUUAACGCACAAUUCGAUAGUUCACAGUUCUGCAUUCUGAAUUUGAUGUGUUCUGUGUUUACCUGUGUGACUUCAGCUUUAUGGCAUUUAAAACAAAGUAAUUAAACCCAAUUCUCAGUGCAACAACACAACAACCAAAAAAAACACACAGACAACUUGCCACACGCACUCGAAAGGUCGUAAAAGUCGGAGAAAAAAACAAGAGAAGAAGACGUCGUGCGCCGGGACUUUCUACUAGAGAACGCCCACGCUUCUCGAGUUGUGAAUCAUCGCUAAGGAAAUCCAAGGCAAUAAAAAUACAUAACGCCCCAGUUGACCCGAGCUCGCAACUCGCAACUCGCAUCCCGCCAAGUGGCAAAAGAGAGGCAAGUGCCAAGUGCCGUCGCAGCUAUUAAAAAUCGCGCGCCUAUAAAUCAAGCGACGGCAGUUCAACCGCGCCUCGUGCAUUUUCCGUGUAAUUGAUGGCCGCAGUUUAAUUACUUUUACAACAAAUAAACGUCGCACUCAGCACACACAACAACAACAACAACAAGCCAAGCCACACACACACUACACACACAUAAAGCAGCUGCAAAGUGCAACUUUUAACAAAUUUCGUUGUGAAUUCAAAUUGCAAAACUUUCAACAAAACGCUUCACAACAGUUUUCAUGUCAGCGAUAAAAUUCUAGGCUAAAAAGAUAAACGAGCUGCCACAUCGCCAACCAAAUUGAAAUUGAAAUCGAAAUCGAACUCGACAUCAGUAUCGACAUCGACAUCAAAUUGAGCCAAGCAUCAUCUGCAUCCAUUUAAGAAUAACCCAAAAAAAAAAAGAGAAUCAUCAAAUCCAAUCAAAAACAGACUCCAAGGCAAAUUCUCGGCUAGAGAAAAAUAUGUGCAAUGUCAAAAUUUGUUUUCGAUAGUAUGCUGCCAAAGUACCCACAGUUUCAGCCAUUUAUCAGUUCGCACUUAACCUCAACCUCCCCAAAUUCGUCAUCAGCAGCAGUUGCCGCCGCACUUGCCGCCGCCGCCGCCUCAGCAUCCAACGCCGUCUCGUCGCCUGUGAUCCAUCCGGGCAACAGCGCCAACAGCAGUCUCAGCAGCCACAGCGGCCAUCUGCAAUCCUCGUCGCUGUCGCCAAGCUCCAGUGCUCUGCAACUGGGCAGCCAAUUGAGCCAACAGCACUUGAGUCAAUCCUCCAACUCACCGGUCUCCUCCUCAUCGCCCUCAUCAUCCACACAACAACAACAGCAGCAGCAACAGCAACAGCAGCAACAACAGCAGCAGCAGCAACAGCAAUCACAGUACUCAUCACUAUCCGCCGCACUGCAUUUGCAGCAGCAGCAGCACAUCAAUAAGUUAGCCGCCGCCGCAGCUGCGGUCAGUUCGCAAGGAUCCGUCUCUGGCCUUGGUGGUCAUCAAUCCCUGGGCCACGCCCAUCAGCAGUUGCUGCUAACGCCUCCAUCGGCGGGCAACUCACAGACCGGCGACAGCAGCAGCUCGCCUUCACCAGCGGCCAGUUCCCCAUUUGCCAUACCCACCAGCAAGAUGUAUCCAUACGUGUCAAAUCACCCCACCAGCCACGGUGGCCUCUCCGGCAUGCCCGGCUUCUCAGGCCUCGAAGACAAAUCCUGCAGCAGGUACACAGACACCGUGAUGAACAGCUAUCAGUCGAUGAGCGUACCUGCCUCGGCAUCCGCCAGCUUUGCCCAAUUCUAUCAGCAUGCGGCUGCCGCCUCGGCGGUAUCAGCGGCCAGCGCAGGAGCCAUUGGCGUCGACUCACUGGGCAAUGCCUGCACACAGCCCGCAUCCGGCGUGGUGCCCGGAGCCGGAGGUGCCGGCCAAGGUAUUGCGGAUCUGCCGCGCUAUCCCUGGAUGACGCUCACAGAUUGGAUGGGAAGUCCCUUUGAGCGAGUCGUUUGUGGCGAUUUCAAUGGCCCCAAUGGAUGUCCGCGUCGUCGCGGUCGACAGACUUACACCCGCUUCCAGACACUGGAGCUGGAGAAGGAGUUCCACUUCAACCAUUAUUUGACGCGACGGCGGCGCAUUGAAAUCGCGCACGCACUAUGUUUAACCGAACGCCAGAUCAAGAUCUGGUUCCAGAAUCGACGCAUGAAAUUGAAGAAGGAACUGCGCGCGGUUAAAGAGAUCAACGAGCAGGCGCGACGUGAUCGUGAGGAGCAGGAGAAAAUGAAGGCCCAGGAGACGAUGAAAUCCGCCCAGCAGAACAAGCAAGUGCAGCAGCAACAGCAGCAGCAGCAACAGCAACAACAGCAACAACAACAGCAGCAACAGCAGCACCAACAGCAGCAGCAACAACAACAGGAUCAUCAUUCGAUCAUUGCACACAAUCCGGGCCAUUUGCAUCACUCCGUUGUCGGUCAGAAUGAUCUCAAGCUUGGCCUAGGCAUGGGAGCCGGUGUCGGCGUUGGCAUUGGCUCUGGCAUUGGCCCUGGGCUGGGCGCUGGUCUUGGUGGAAAUCUGGGCAUGAUGAGUGCUCUCGAUAAGAGCAAUCAUGAUCUGCUCAAGGCGGUCAGUAAGGUCAAUUCCUAAAUUACCCAGUGGAAGCGUCCCUUAGCUAUCAUAAUAAUCAUCACCGUCGCCAUCGUCAUCACCAUCAAAAAAUAAACAAAUCACACAAAAAUACAACCAGAACAACGCCACCACCAACCACCAUCCACCAACCACCGUCGUCGUCGUAAACGUAAACGUAAACGUUAUCGUAAUCGUAAUCGCAAUUGUAAUCGCAAUCGCAAUUGCAAUCGUCAUCGUCAUCGUCGUCGCUUGAUGCCUUGAGUUUGGCGUUUUUUCGUCUCUUCUGUGUAAUGCGAAAAGCAAAGCAAAACAAAACAAAAACAAAACAAAAGUUGAUAACUUAAAUACGUAAAGUUUUACAUAGUAAAUAGUUGUUUAAGUCUAUUUCUAACAUAUACACACACACACACAUGCAAGAUCAAUAACUGUGCACAGUGGAACACAAGCGAUUUGUUUGAUCGAAUUGUCGAACUGCAAGGCUUUAAUUAACUUUAUAUUCUCAUUCACUUAACUUUUCUUUAAGUUUUCCCCAUUGCAUUUCGAUAUUGAGCUAGAGUCUAUUUGAUAGACUCCACAUUUGCCCCACUGUGCACAGCAUAAUAACUGAUAAAUAAUGAAUCUCUUGAUCUACACACACACAUACAUAUAACAUAUAUAGAGAGAAUAGCUAUAAUUGCUUAAGUAGAGCCAAAAUAGCUGAGUGGAAAUGAGCGAUAUUUGAUAGUCAAAUAGUCGAAGAAUAGUCAGAUAGUCAGAGAUAAACCCCGUGACUUUGCACACGCCCAGUGACAAAUGGCAACGGAGUAAAAUUGAAAAACAAUUGAAACACAGAAAACUAUUUGCGACUGCUGUAGGAUUACUUACUUAUAUAGUAUAUAUAGUAUGAGUAGUAUGGUAUAGAUACACGUUUAACUAUGUUUACGAUUAUUAUGGAUAUACAAAUAUAUACAGAUAUGAUACCCAUCUUAUACUUAUAGAGAUAUAGAUCGUACAUUUUGUACUCACAUAUUUAUUGGAAAUUUUUGUUUAUGUUUUCAAUCUCGAAAAACUCUUCCAAUGUUUUUGUUUACGAUAUAUUGUGUUGUAUGUUUUGCUGUCAUUUGUUGUAUGCCAAUGCUUUUGAAAUUUUUGCUUAGACGAAUUAUAAAUUACAAUAGUUCCGUCAAUGCCAUAUUAAUAUUAACUUUAAUACCAAUUAAAUGUAAAUGCAAAAAAAAAAAGAGAAAAAAGCGCAAAAAAAUAAAUAAAUAA